UAUUUGUUUACAUCAUGGCGGACGUUUUGUGGGAAGACAGAGAUGUCAGAUUUGACAUCAGUUUGCAGCAAAUACAGAUGCGACCUGGGGAGAAGACUGUUGACAGAUUAGAUGCUAUUGAAGAUACAAAGGGAAACAAUGGAGACAGAGGACGGUUGAUAAUCACAAAUUUAAGGAUCCUUUGGCACUCCAUAUCUCUGCCCAGAGUUAACCUGUCCAUUGGUUACAACUGUGUGCUCAAUAUCUCUAGCAAAAUUGCUCAGUCAAAAUUGCGAGGUACAACUGAAGCCCUGUUUGUUCUUACCAAAUGUAACAACACAAGAUUUGAGUUUAUUUUCACUAAUCUGAUCCCAGGCAGUCCCAGAUUAUUCACAUCAGUCAUUGCAGUACACAGGGCAUAUGAGACUACUAAAAUGUACAGGGAGUUGAAGCUGCGAGGGGCAUUAAUACAGAACAAGACUAUACGUCUACUGCCACAGGAACAGGUGUACGAUAAGAUCAAUGGUGUCUGGAAUCUUUCCAGUGAUCAGGGUAACUUGGGGACAUUUUUUAUCACAAAUGUGCGACUUGUGUGGCACGCGAACAUGAACGAGGCCUUCAAUGUCAGCAUCCCAUAUUUACAAAUGAAAACUGUGAAGGUUCGCGAUUCCAAGUUUGGCCUGGCCUUGGUCAUUGAAAGUUCCCCACAGGAAUCACAGGUGAAGAGUGGUGGCUAUGUGCUAGGUUUCCGUAUUGACCCCCCAGAGAAACUGACAGAAGCCCUCAAGGAGAUACAGAGUCUGCACAGAGUUUACAGUGCAUGCCCCAUAUUCGGGGUUGAGUUUGAAACUGAGGAAAAGUUUGAGCCACUAGAGAAGUUAAAGGUCCAAUACGAACAAGAUGAUGUUGAGAUUGAGACCACAGAGGACCAAAGUGAUGCAUUUGCUGCAUAUUUUGCUGAUGGUAACAAAUCCAAGGAUAGGGACCCUGUAUAUAGUGAUGAACUAGGACUGGCAAUUGAGAAACUCAAAGAUGGAUUCACACUUUCUGGACUUUGGGAGGUUAUGCCUCAAUAGCAUUAAGUGAUCAUUUAUAUCAUAUCAAUAUCAGACUGGAUCAUCAGUACCAAGAUUUUAUGCCUACUUGUCAAAAUUGUACCAGUUGUCAUAUUGUUUUCCUAAUGCUGGAAAAACCAUUUGACUCCAGCUCUCUGCCUAUUAGCUAGGUGAUUAUUACUUAAAUUCACUUAAAGAAUUAUGUUUAGAAUUUUACAUAUUAUGUAGAACCAUAUUCCUAUAUACCUGCUAGUGUAAAAUACAACUGUGGACUUCAGGAAAGUAUUAAAUACUAGUAUACUCUGGAGCUGAAGUUAAUUCUCUUUUAGGGAUGAGUUUCAAGUAUGAGGCAUAUCAGUUAAGAUAUAUUUUCAUGCACAUUUUGUGAGAGAAAAUCUGCCAAAUUGUUCCGUGGAAUUCAAUGUGUCUUACAGUAAUACUGAGGUAUUUUGCCUAGUUCCGACUUUAGAUCAGUUUAAUUGUGUUUUGUGCAAUUCUCUAAUAGUGAUGUGUCAUGUGUUUUAAUUCAAGAUAUCUUGAUUUAUAAAUGAAUAGUGUUACUGAGAAAGUUGAGAUUGUUCUUCAAUAAUUGAUCUGUACAUUUAAUACUUUAAAAUAAAUGGAAUCAGAUCUACACAUAUAAAGUGCUGCUCUUGUAUGUUGCAAUUGUAUCUUGGGGUUUCUUGAUAACCUCUUGGUACAAUGCAGUAACAUGCUAAUGUCUGCUAUUGUCUGGUAAAGGUUUCCGUCCAAACACAAAGAUCUGUUCUCAUGUAUGUUGUAAAUAUUAUUUAUUUAGAAUAUAUGAAUAAAUAAAU